CCGAAGCAUUGCCGGAGAAGGGCUGAGCGUGUCUUAUGGUGGCGACCUGUCUCUGUGCAGAGCCCCAACACGAAUGCGAGCUCUCCGGGAGGGAAGCUGAGGCUUCUCUAGGUCCCACCUGGAGGAAGCGACUUGCUGGCCAGGAUGCAUCGGCUGAUGAAAGAAGAAUCAAGUUACAGAGCAAGCAGCCUGGAAAAUGCAUCUCGGGACUCAAGCAAAGAAAAGCUGCACAUGAAGCUCUGCAGUGGGUCCUGCCAUGCUGAGCAAAUCCUCCAGACACUAAACUCCUACCGGCAAAGUGGCAUCUUUACAGAUGUGGUGCUGUUGAUUGACGGACAAGAAUUCCCCUGUCAUCGUGCCACUUUGUCAGCCAACAGCACAUAUUUCCAGGCCAUGUUUGGUAGCAAUCUCAAGGAAGGCCACCAGGAUAUCAUCAACAUCCAGAAGAUUUCUGCUUCCACCAUGUCUCUCCUUCUUGACUAUAUGUAUGGGGGGAAUAUCAUCAUUCAGGAGGACAAUGUUGAAGACAUCUUGGAGCUGUCUGACUUGCUGCAGAUCUCCAAGCUCAGAGAUGCUUGUGUCACCUUCCUCGAAGGUCAGCUUCACCCAUGCAAUUGCCUGGGCAUCAUGAAGUUUGCCGAUUCAUUCUCCAUCGCUUCCUUGACGGAGAAAAGCAAGAGAUUCAUGCUGGAGUGUUUUGUGGAGGUGUCAUGUCAUGAAGAGUUCCUGGAGAUGGGGGUCAAGGAGCUGGUCGAGUAUCUUUCCAGUGAGCAGCUGGUGGUCCCCAAGGAGGAAGUGGUCUUUGAAGCAGUGAUGCGCUGGGUACGGCAUGAUAUACCUGCCAGGAAAGGAGCAUUGAGGGAACUCCUUGAGCAUGUGCGUCUGCCCCUACUUGACCCCACAUACUUCCUGGAGAAGGUGGAAAUGGAUGGACUUAUCCAGGACUCAAAGGAGUGCAUUCCCCUAUUGCAUGAGGCACGCAAGUACUACAUCCUUGGGAACGAGGUCAGCUCUUUGCGAUCAAGGCCCAGAAGGUUCAUGGAGAUGGCAGAAGUUAUCGUCAUCAUUGGGGGCUGUGAUAAGAAAGGCCUUCUGAAGCUACCCUUCACGGACCUCUAUCAUCCAAAGAGCAGGCAAUGGACGGCCCUCUCCAGCGUGCCUGGCUAUACCAAGUCAGAGUUUGCUGCCUGCACACUGAAAAACGAUGUGUACAUAUCAGGGGGACACAUCAGCAGCAAUGACGUUUGGGUGCUGAGCUCCCAGCUGAACGUCUGGAUCAAGGUUGCCUGCCUGCAGAAAGGCCGAUGGAGGCACAAAAUGGCAACGCUUCAGGGCAAGAUCUACGCUGUGGGAGGGUUUGAUGGUUUUUACCGCCUCUCCAGCGUGGAGUGCUAUGACACCUUCUCCAACAGCUGGUCGACCUUGGCCCCACUGCCUCAAGCCGUGAGCUCAGCGGCUGUGGUCUCCUGCCUCAACAAACUGUACGUGCUGGGCGGUGCUGUGGAUGACAGCGCAAACACAGACAAGGUCCAGUGUUAUGAUCCAGAGGAGAACAAGUGGACACUCUUGUCCCCUACCCCAUUUUACCAGAGGUGCAUCAGUGCCGUGUGCUUGGACAACAUCAUUUAUGUUGUAGGUGGACUCCUCAGUAAAAUCUUCAGCUAUGAUCCAAGAAAAGACAGCUGGCGAGAUGUGGCCACCCUCCCUGGACCGCUGGAGAGCUGUGGCCUGACAGUGUGCGGAGGGAAGAUUUACAUCCUGGGUGGCCGAGACGAGAACGGGGAAGGCACGGACAAAGCGUUCACUUUCGACCCGGCAACGGGGAGCGUGGAGCAGCAGCCUCCGCUGCAGCGCUGUACCAGUUACCACGGCUGUGUGACCAUCCUGCAGCGCAUGAACAGAUGACCGCGGGGCUUCUACUGCGUCCACCUCCCAGCUAGACCUGCCCUUGAGACAGUGGCCACCCAGCAUGUGGAUGGACAGCCUGCCUCCUCUCCCGUGGUAUUCCCCUUUGUGAGGAAGGGCAGUACUAGCCAUUGAAGCAGAUGUGCUCCAGACAGGCCCUGACCAACCUCUGUUUUGUUUUUGCAGGCCUGAUGACACCAAUACUUUUGAUGUUGAUCUAAGUGAGAGGAGGGAAGGGUGCUGGUCUGUGUGAGAGAUGCACUAUGGACCUUGCAGCAGUAGGAUUCAAGUAUCAUUGCUGAAACUAUUGAAUCUGAUGUUUACUUAGGUUUUCCUGACUGUAGAUUAUGGUUUUCUGUUAUGUUGGAAACAAAGGCUUGCUGUCCUACAAGGACAUUUAUUCUGCUGGUCUCCUCCUGAGGCUGUUGCAGUCACAGUUACAGAAUCUAGAUCUUUAGCUAAAGCUAUCAGAUAUUUGUGCUCUGUAGAGCCCUUUGUCAAACCACAGCGUUGACAUAGACGGUGGCUGACAGCCAUGAACCGUUAGUCCCAUUGACAGUGGAAGGCUGAGGUUGAGACUUCAAAGUUGAUAUUCCAAGAAAAUUUCUGUGCUAAAUCCCUAAAUGCCUGGUUGAACAGUACAUGCUCUGACUCCAUUUUGCACACGUUGUAUAAGGUUUCCUUCUAUCCCCCUAUAGCACAGAGUGCUGUCUCUUUUCAUACGUGUUUUGCGGUUGGACUGUUGUCUCACUGUGUCUGUCAUUGAGAAGAAAAGGGAAUUGUGUAGCCAAGAGUUCCUUCUUUGGAGAGCAGAGGUGGGGGAAUGUAAAUGUAGAACUUAGCUAUCACUUAGAUGAUGUCAUGGUCCAGAGUGUUCUUCAUGUGCAGCUGGAGAUAGCCCAUUUGGAGGGUGAGUUUGAUAGCACAGACUGUGUUGUUCCAGGCCAGGUGGCCUCAGGGUCUAGAAACGAUCCUGAGCACAUUUGGUUUAGUAGAACAGCCAUAGCUUUUGAUGUCAGUUUGCUUAGUCCAGGACUAGAAUCGGUAAUUUUGGAUGGGUCCAUGUAAAUGUCCGUGUUGAUCAUUUAGGAACUUGGUUACUGCCAAAUGUAGAGUGGGGUCUCUUAAACUCCCAUUACUUGUACAUUGUGGGGUGCACCCCUCUAACAGCACGCUGCUGGCUGGCUGCUGUUCCCUCUGUACCUUCCUUUCCUCAACCCAAUGGUGACCUCUUUCUUAAGCAGAGGAAACUACUAUGGACGUUGGCCCAGAUGCUUCCCUUUUCAGGGCCAUUUAAUUAUCUUAAGCCUCAUAUUAUUUCCUGCUUCCCCAUAUAGAGCUCAUUUUUUUAUCUGGUCCUCUUUAGUUGACCAGUACUUCCCUGAGAUCUGAGAAGUUCACGAUUUCUUCAUGAUAAUAUCGUGAUCACCUGUAAAACAUGGCAAAAAGAAAUCACUGCUGACAGAAGCCAAACUGGCUGGAACCUAGCAAGCUGAUCCCCUUCUCUCAUAAGGAAAUGCAUGUUUUCCCAUCAUUCAAGCAAAGAGCAAAGUAUUUUGUUGCAGGGACCAUACCCUAUACUCCUCAUAGUCAAGUUUGAAAUGUUUUGGGGUUAUGGUGGCAAUUUUGUCUAAAAAGUUACACUAUUUAUAUUCUCAGCCUCAAAUUCUCCUUAAGGCUUGUGCACGUGGGUAAACUCUUUUAUCAGCUCAUUAGUAGCACAAUGUGUCCUUUGAGCAAUCUAAAGGUGAUUCAGUGCUGGUAUAGGUUUUUACCUUGAGGAUAGAGAAGGAAGUUCAUGCUGGUGAAAAGUUUUAUUUGCGAUCACCUUUGGGUCUUUGGUGGGAAUGGUUACUUCAGUAGAAAGAAAAAGCAUGUGCACAUCAGCCCAUGGUGUGGUAGGCUUUAGGCCAGACACCUUGAUUCUCCUACAGUCUGAUCCCCUGAGGACCACAAGGCACGACACGUCUGCCCUGAGCUGUUCUGCCACUCUUACUGCUCCCCUGUGCCUUAAGCAAGUCACCUUUUCCUUUGGUAUGGAGGCCCCUUCAAACCAUAUGGAUUGGCACCCAGUGUCUCCACCUCACACCCAUGCUUCAUCUGGCCAAGUAGGUUCUUCAUUCACAGACUGGCCCAUUGUCAUCUCCUUCCAUGUGGACUGCACUUUGGAAAACACUGCUGGUGCUUCAAGAAAAUGGGUGCAACGAGACCUUUCAAGUGCAGGUACUGAAUGAACUCUGCUCAGCUGAGGAGGGUCAGCAGUGUGAGAAAUCAGCCCUUAUGAAAUGCAUGGUUCUCAUGCAUUUCUGCCUUGCCUAAGGUAUUUAGAGUUGGGCUAUAAACACAACCAUAGCCUGUUUGGCCAUUGACAGAUCUUUGCUCUUGUUCUUGUAAAGAGCAUUUUAAUACAUCUGGACAUAGCAAUAGCCUUGCUAGGAAAAGGGAGCAGUUUUCCAGUUGCACUGGUACCUUGCUGGGUAAAAACACUUCUACUUUUACACCUGGCUGAAGCAACCCUGAGGGAGUCUUGCUUAGGCUAAGCCUAAAAUGUUUGAAUGAGGUUGUCAACAACUCAUUGACUCCCAUGCUUUAUAACCUAUUUUGGAGGGCUCUGAUUUGGAAUUUGGAAGACUUGGGUGAUAGACUUUCAGACUUGGGUUUUUAUUCUCUUAGGAUGGUGCUUUAACCAUCCAGUGAGAGAUGUGUGUUAGAGAUCACUCAAUAUUUUUUUUUUUAUUUUUAUUUUUAGAAAACAUGAAUAAGUUUAUGAUUUCAUUCCAGUGACAAAUAAAGCCUCAUGGGGAAAACUCAGACAUUUCACAAUACAGAAUUGUUGUUGUUUUUACAACCUAUUUUUCCAGGGUCUUUUCUGAUUUUCCUAAUGCCUCCUAUGAGUCUCUUGCUGUACUUCACACUUUAGUUCUGUAGAAAUAAACACACUUGAAAGGGUAGAUUCAGUAUAAGAUGUUCAGGUCAGCUUUCCCAUGUGCUUUUGACAUGUGUGGUGUGUUGCAAUAGGUGUAACAUGGUGGUGGAAGUUGUGGCAUAGAUACUAAAAUAUUCACCUUGUUCUUGGUCUUGAUAUUCAUUGUACUGCUGAACUGUGUUUGUGUUUCGUAAUGGCUGUGAGCUGUGGGCAUGCAGGGGAGGGGUGGGGAAGGAAUUUAACUUCUUAUUUUUAGAAAUAAACAUUUCCACUGACUUCUGAGUGCUUUUGCUGCAGGAAUUUUUUGACUGCUUAUCUUUCAUUUGUGUAUGUUGCUCCAUGGCAUUCCAAAAAAUGCUGGUGGAGCAUCAGAAGACCGUUGGGAGCAACAUCCUUCAGGACAGCAGAAAGGCUUGAGAGCUGGGUUUUGGCCUCUGGUUGGGACACCUGAGUUGUCACUCUAAGCAGGUAAGAACCUCAAGGUACUGCUAUUGGUCUGCAAAGGAUGGUGUCUUUAAAUGUAAUAUGGGGUCAUGGCCAAAUCAAGUUAGAGAAGGUGCCUGGACCAGUCAAACUCAGCUGAAGAGCUGGAAAACCUUUACUGAUGUUUUGGUGUGAUGGAAAGAGUAUCUUCAGAGAAACUGAAAGAUGAGUUGUCUUGGGUGAUUUUUGUUCUUCAUCUGUCAGAAGAACAUGAAACUGGCUGCCACUACAAUCUGCUCCAGGCUUUGGAGAAGACUUUUGCCAGACCACAUGUAAAGCACUGCCUCUCUGUGCUUGUUACAGACUUGCUGUGGGAGCUCUAUAUAGGAAAAGAUGUAGAAGAAAGUAGUAAUCAUCUGUAAAGCAUGUGCAGUCAUUCAGCUUUAUGUAUUUAAGCUCUUAAGCAUGCAAUAAAUAACUUUUUUUGCACUCCAAAA